CCACCCCUCACCGCCCUUCUCCCCGCCUCUGGCUCGGCCCCGCUCCCUCCCAGCCUCCUGCCCACCCUUCUGUCCGGCACGCGCCGCUGGCACUUGUUUCCGGGCGCGCCUCCAGAGGCCGGCGCACAAGAUGGCGGGCCUGGCGGCCUGAAAAGGGUGGCCGGGGCUCGGCCGUGGGCUCUAACGCUGGGCUGGGGGUCGGAGACAGACUUCACCCAGGUGACAGGUAGUAGGGGCGGCGCCGCUGGACCUCUUGGGGUGUAAGACCCGCUUGCUGCUGCCCCCGGACCUUGCCGCCACACCAGCCCUGUCCUGGGGCGGAACCGAAGGAAGGUCAGGCCCGGCUGCCCCGCCCCGUCGUUCCUCCUUCCCGGGCGGUCACUGUGCGUGGCUCACUUUUAGAGUUUACUACAGCCACGUGGAGCUUCCAUGGCGGCCUCUCUGGUCCUGGGGGAGAAGAUUAACAUCCUGUCGGGAGAGACUGUCAAGGCUGCGGACAGGGAACCGCUGGGGAACGACUGUCCCGAGCAAGAUAGGUUCCCCCAGCGCUCCUGGAGGCAGAAGUGCGCCUCCUACGUGUUGGCCCUGAGGCCCUGGAGCUUCAGUGCCUCACUCACACCGGUGGCCCUGGGCAGUGCCCUUGCCUACAGAUCCCACGGUGUCCUGGAUCCCAGGCUCUUGGUGGGUUGUGCCGUGGCUGUCCUGGCUGUGCACGGGGCCGGUAAUUUGGUCAACACUUACUAUGACUUUUCCAAGGGCAUUGACCACAAAAAGAGUGAUGACAGGACACUUGUGGACCGAAUCUUGGAGCCCCAGGAUGUCGUCCGGUUCGGAGUCUUCCUCUACACGUUGGGCUGCGUCUGUGCCGCUUGCCUCUACUGCCUAUCCCCUCUGAAACUGGAACACUUGGCUCUCAUCUACUUUGGAGGCCUGUCUGGCUCCUUUCUCUACACAGGAGGAAUUGGAUUCAAAUACGUGGCUCUGGGAGACCUCAUCAUCCUCAUCACUUUUGGCCCGCUGGCUGUGAUGUUCGCCUACGCCAUCCAGGUGGGGUCCCUGGCCAUCUUCCCACUGGUCUAUGCCAUCCCCCUUGCCCUUAGCACCGAGGCCAUUCUCCAUUCCAACAACACCAGGGACAUGGAGUCCGACCGGGAGGCUGGCAUCGUCACCCUGGCCAUCCUCAUCGGCCCCACGUUCUCCUAUAUUCUCUACAACACGCUGCUCUUCCUGCCCUACCUGGUCUUCAGCAUCCUGGCCACACACUGCACCAUCAGCCUGGCGCUCCCCCUGCUCACCAUUCCCAUGGCCUUCUCCCUUGAGAGACAGUUCCGAAGCCAGGCCUUCAACAAACUGCCCCAGAGGACUGCCAAGCUCAACCUCCUGCUGGGACUUUUCUACGUCUUUGGCAUCAUUCUGGCACCAGCAGGCAGUCUUCCCAAACUUUAAGGGGACAAGUAACUCCCACCACGACAUGUCUCCUUUUCUUAGAAUAUAUUAAAGUCAGAGUGUCUGAGGAAGGAACGUGAUUUGGCAGUCAGGGUACUAAGCAUGGGUGGGAACUCCUGCCUUUUAAAAAUUGUUUUUGUGUUCUUAAAGUUAAUAUGUUGUUUUUCUCUCUCUCUUUUUUUUUUUUCUUCAUUUUAUGGGGAAUUUAAAAA